UUCUCUCUCAGAAACCUUCGACAGCUAAUCUCUCUUUCAUUUUUAUAUAUUGGUUUCUUCGCUGUCCUCUGAGAAGAUGAGUGGUGGAGUGGCACGGACGGUGGGAAAUGGAAAGGAGGAAGACAACAGAAGUAACGACAGAUGCAGGCUGCUUAGACUCACUCGAAAAGAUCACGAUCAGUCAGGCACAUCGGAGCGUCACAACAACAAGGAGAGCAGCAUUGCAGUAGUGCUGCCACAGAAACCAGAAAAUCAGGAAGCAGGAACACUUGAACUCAUCACUCCCACUGAAGAAAAAGUUGAAGUCAUCAAGGUUUACCUUGAAAACCGUCCAGAGGAAAGUGUAAAGAUGCUAACGGACGAGGUGUCCCAGAUCCAGGAGGUGAGGUACUGUCUGAAGACUCUUAGAGAGCAGAUGGCUGCCAGACAGAGCAGCAAUAACAACAAGUAUCCUGCAAAUGGCUACAGAGUCAACAGGCCCAACGGCCUAACAGCUGUCACCAAUGGCAACACUAUUAUCAUCGAGACCGACACUCAUGUCGAGGAUAAUCAGGAGGAGAGUGAGAGGCUCAGGGAGGUGACCAAGCGUCUGUACGAGCAGCUGAAGGAGAUGGAGAAGAGGCAUCAGGAGGAGAGGGAGAAACUGCAGAUGGAGUCCAAUGAGUACCGCAUCCUUCUCGCUGAGCAGUCCGAGCGACUGCAGGUAGUGGAAGAGCAGUCGGAGGAGAGAGGUCAGCAGGUGGAGGAGCUGCAGCGGCUGCUGGGAAGCAUGGAGGUCGAGAGCAGCAUCCUCAAAGAGAAGAUGGUGGCAGGGGAGGCAGAGGUGCUGCACCUUAAAGCAGACAAGGAGGGAGGGCAGGAGGACGGGCAGAGGUGUGCAGAGCUGGAAAAGGAGCUUGCCAUCUUGAAGGAAAAGAUUCAUCACCUGGAUGACAUGUUAAAGUGUCAGCAGAGGAAAGUCCGCCACAUGAUCGAACAGCUGCAGAACUCCCGAACGGUCAUCCAAGAGAGAGAUCGAGUCAUCAGGGAUCUGGAGGAGAAGGUGGCUUUCCUGGAAGCUGAGAACAGAGAAAUGCAUCACCACAUGGAGUACUUCCUGGCCGGCCAGGAUUCACCAGAGCUGACAUCCAAGGAGAACAAGCCAGAAGUUGUUUAUAGUAAACCACUCACACCUACAUCACACAGCAACAAGGCCCUCCCGUUCAUCAAAGUCAUCGAAAUCAAGUCCUGAAUGGAGUCACAACUAAAGGAGUGACAAGAAGUUCAAAAAAAACUUUGUAAAUAUGUAUUUAUCCACCUACCAGUGUGUAAAAUGUAGAUCUGCAGUAGUUUAACAGACUCCAUGGUGACAAAGGUCUUUAGUUAGAACCUCAUAGUUACUUUUAAGGCUGUUCUGCAUACCGGCUGUGGCUUUCGCACAAAACAGACUCUAAACAAGGAAGGUAAGAGGAAAUUCAAAUAGGGAUCCAAUGAUAGAAGGAGUCCUAAAAAUGAAAAACAGGAAGGAGCUGUGCAAUCCAAAGAGCUUUACCGAACUUCUUAGUCAAUAUACAUAGACACAAACCUGUGCAGUCUGUAUUCUGUCAGCAAGUCUUCAAGAUACAGUGGAAGGAGCAAGACUUCUGUAAAAUUCUGUGUUGUCAAGUUUUCCACCUUCACUUCUUCCCCAUGCAGAAUCUAAAAUAAGCUGCUUCAACAGGUCAAUGGAAAAGGUGGUUCGAGAUUAAUAACUGUUCUAUUAUUGUAAAACAAACCAAAAUAAAAGUCUGUUACACAUACACUUGGAUAAAUGUACAAAUAAUCACUUUGUGUUGAUCGUCUCAGCACUUCUUCAUACUCAGUCUGCUCCACCAGAAUCCUAAGCAUGAAAGUUCAGGUGUCAAAUUUCUGAGUGCUUUGCACCACAUUGCCAACGGCGAGCAUGCAGUUAGCUUUGUCAGUAUGAUUUAUGUUUAACUUAAUAUAUUUCUCUGACAGUAGUGGGGUGAAUAGAAUGAGCCAAGAGUUAUGAUGCUAUUUCAUACUUUAAGACUUUUGACUUCAUUUAUUUUAGUUAUGUUGGAAAAUACUCAUUAGAGGCUUUAUUUAGAGAUAGAGGCUAGUUGAUAUCAUACUUUAAAUUACUAUCCUCGCUGCCAAGUGCUGCCUCAGCACAUUAAAUAUUCUAUUUUGUGUUAAAUGGUUUUAAAUUUAAUAACAAUGACCCUCUCACAUACUUCUGCAUUGUUUGUAUAGACGCUGCUGUUUCUCUCUGACAUAAUUUACAUUUCAGUCCAGAUUUACCUUCUUUUUAAAAAAAAAAAAAUAACUUCUUACUGUGAACAUUGUAGAUAGAGACAUUGAAGUGCUGUCUGUGUCCAUUUAUCGUAGACUGUUGAAUA